CCUCCCAGUUCCUCCUGCUGUUGGUUCCUCUUUCCAGGAACAGCAGGUCAGCCCAGAUAAAGCCAGGCCUCUUUGGGAAAGUACAGGGGUUCAAUCUUCAACAUGACUUUUCAAAUGCAAGACCCUCAGUCCCUACUGAUACUACUGCUGCUCAUUCUGCCAGCCACAGGCUCUGACCCCGUGCUCUGUUUCACCCAGUAUGAGGAGUCCUCCGGCAGGUGCAAGGGCCUGCUUGGGGGUGGCAUCAGUGUGGAAGACUGCUGUCUCAAUGCUGCCUAUGCCUUCCAGGAGCACAGCAAUGGCCUCUGUCAGGCAUGCAGGUCCCCACGAUGGUCACCAUGGUCCUUGUGGGCCCCGUGCUCAGUGACCUGCUCUGAGGGGUCUCAGCUGCGACACCGACGUUGUGUGGGCAGGGGUGGGAAGUGCCCUGAUCAGGUAGAUCCUGGGACCCUUGAGUGGCAGCUACAAGCCUGUGAGGACCAGCCAUGUUGUCCUGAGAUGGGUGGCUGGUCUGACUGGGCACCCUGGGGGCCUUGCUCUGUCACCUGCUCCAAAGGAACCCAGACUCGCAAGAGAGUAUGUAAUCACCCUGCCCCCAAGUGUGGGGGUCAUUGCCUAGGAGAGGCCCAAGAGUCAAAGGCCUGUGACACUCAGCAGGUCUGCCCCACACAUGGGGCCUGGGCAGCCUGGGGUCCCUGGAGUCCCUGCUCAGGCUCCUGCCUUGGUGGAGCUCAAAAACCUAAGGAGACACGAAGUCGUAAAUGUUCUGCACCAGAGCCGUCCAGGCAACCUCCUGGGAAGCCCUGCUUGGGAUCAGCUUCUGAGCAUCGGGACUGCACUGGCCUGCCACCCUGCCCAGUGGCUGGGGGCUGGGGGCCAUGGGGCCCUGCGAGCCCCUGCCCUGUGACCUGUGGCUUGGGCCAGACCCUACAGCGACGGACUUGCGAUCACCCUGUGCCCCGUCAUGGAGGUCUCCCCUGCGCUGGUGAUGCUACUCGGAUCCAUAUCUGUAACACCGCCAAGCAUUGUCCUGUGAAUGGGGAGUGGGAAGCCUGGGGGAAGUGGAGCAGCUGCACCCGUGUAAACAUGGAAUCCAUCAGCUGUGAUGAAAUCCCGGGCCAGCAGUCACGCAUGAGGAUCUGUAGAGGCCGCAAGUUUGAUGGACAGCGAUGUCCUGGGGAUCCACAGGAUAUACGACAUUGCUAUGACAUUCAUAACUGCAUCUUGAAAGGCUCAUGGUCACAGUGGAGUACCUGGGGGCUGUGCACACCCCCAUGUGGACCCAACCCUACACGUGUCCGCCAGCGCCUCUGCACAGCCUUGCUCCCCAAGUACUCGCCUACCGUUUCCAUGGUUGAAGGUCGGGGUGAGAAGAAUGUUACCUUCUGGGGGACCCCACGGCCUCAGUGCGAGGCGCUGCAGGGCCAGAAGCUGGUGGUAGAAGAGAAACGGCCAUGUCUACAUGUGCCUGCCUGCAUAGACCCUGCAGAGAAGAAGCCCUAAUACAUACCUCUUGCUUCCAUUCUGACCCCCUGACCUAGGCCUCAAUAAACCAAAC